AAAACAAAAUCUCAGUGUGGGGUAUGUAUGAAAACAAGAAAUUAACAAAACCAACCGCACAAGUUUCAACACUCUAUUUCUUCUACUAGUUCCUAAAUCCUACUAUUCUUUUCCCUAACUCUCACUCACUCCAACAAUGGCACAACCACCUUCUCCUUCCACCAUCUUCACACUAACCUUCUUCCACUUCCUCCUCUUCACUCACGCCACAAAAAACCCAGAUUUCCACUCACUACUUGCAUUCAAAACAACCACCGACACAUCCAACAAACUCACCACAUGGAACAUCACCACAAACCUAUGCACAUGGUACGGUGUCUCUUGUCUAAGAAACCGUGUCUCCCGCCUUGUCCUCGAAAACCUCGACCUCCACGGCUCGAUGGAACCGUUAACCGCACUUACUCAGCUCCGUGUACUCAGCCUUAAACGCAACCGUUUCAACGGUCCCAUUCCAAAUCUCUCCAACUUAACUUCACUAAGACUUUUGUUCCUUUCUUACAACAAUUUCUCCGGUGAGUUUCCCGAAAGUUUAACCUCGUUAACCCGUCUCUACCGGCUUGAUCUCGCUGAUAACAAUCUCUCUGGUGAGAUUCCGGUGAAUGUCAACCGUUUGUCUAGUCUCCUCACUCUCAAACUCGAUGGAAAUCAAAUCCAUGGACACAUUCCAAAUAUAAACCUGUCUUACCUCCAAGACUUCAAUGUCUCUGGUAACAACCUCUCUGGUAGAGUACCUGAAUUACUUUCGGGUUUUCCUGAUUCAUCUUUUGCUCAAAACCCGUCUUUAUGUGGUGCUCCAUUGCAAAAAUGUAAAGACGUUCCUGCCCUUGCUUCAUCGUUGGUUCCAUCUUCUUCAAGUAUAAUGUCGAGAAACAAGACUCAUAGAAAUGGUGGUCCAAGAAUGGGGACUUUGGUUUUAAUCGCCAUUAUCCUCGGCGAUGUAUUAGUACUCGCAGUUGUCUCAUUGCUUCUCUACUGCUACUUCUGGAGAAACCAUGCAAACAAAACGAAGGAAAGAAAAGAAGAAGAAUCAAAUUCGAAGAAUGUUGAAGGUGAAAAUCAAAAGAUGGUUUAUAUUGGGCAACAAGGGUUAGAGAAAGGUAAUAAAAUGGUGUUUUUCGAAGGGGUGAAGAGGUUUGAGCUAGAGGAUUUGCUUCGUGCUUCGGCGGAAAUGUUGGGGAAGGGUACCUUAGGAACUGUCUAUAAAGCUGUUCUUGAUGAUGGAAGUGUUGUAGCUGUGAAGAGGUUGAAGGAGAUUAAUAUUAGUGGGAAGAAAGAGUUCGAGCAGAGAAUGGAAAUUCUUGGAAAGUUAAAACACUCCAACAUUGUUAGCUUAAAGGCUUAUUAUUUUGCAAGGGAUGAAAAAUUGCUUGUCUUUGAUUACAUGGUUAAUGGUAGCUUGUUUUGGCUUCUUCAUGGUAACCGAGGACCCGGACGAACCCCACUUGACUGGACCACAAGACUAAAGAUAGCAACCCAAACAGCAAAAGGUAUAGCAUUCAUCCACAACAAUAAUCUCACCCAUGGUAACAUCAAAUCCACCAACAUCCUCAUCAACGUCUCUGGAAACACCCACGUGGCAGAUUUUGGACUCUCCAUUUUCACCCUCCCAUCAAAAACAAGAUCCAACGGCUACCGUGCUCCAGAAACAUCAUUAGACGGUCGAAAAAACUCUCAAAAAUCUGAUGUCUACGCCUUUGGAGUUUUACUAAUGGAGAUACUAACAGGGAAGUCCCCCUCCUCCGCCGCAGACAGCGGAGCAGGGGUUGAACUUCCUAAGUGGGUCCAGUCAGUCGUUAGGGAGCAAUGGACUGCUGAGGUGUUUGAUCUUGAGCUGAUGAGGUAUAAGGAUGCUGAGGAGGAGAUGGUGGCAUUGUUAAAAAUUGCGAUGACGUGUACUGUGACCGUACCUGAUCAACGACCUAAGAUGAGCCACGUGGUUAAGAAGAUUGAGGAGUUGUGUGAUGUGUCCAUGUGUCAUGACUCGGUUUGUGAGUCACCUUCAAUGUCUGAAGAUGCAUGUGGAGGUGCUAUUAACUAAUCUUAUCAAAGAUUAUUACUAAGUAGUAUAAGUAAAUAAACCAAAUUAUUAUUAGUUUAUCUUUGUUUUUCAAAUGUUACAUGUCACUUAAUUUUAUUUCAUAUAUUAUAUUUUUAAAUUAUA